UUUAUCUAUCAACUUAUCAUGCCAUCUAUCGACGAACAAGAAGAUGGUCAAUCGGAACUACGCAUCGUGAUUCCUGGAGAUAUUAUUUCAAAAGAUCAAAAAGAAGACGAGAAUGACAACAGUACUCUUAUACUUGGUCCAGGUUUACGACAAGACAGUGAUCAAAUAGUGGCCAAUAAAGCUGGAAUCUUACGUAACAAUGGGAAUCGUUGGUGGAUUGAAAGCAAUCAAAAAAGAUAUAUUGCAGCCACUGGAGAAUCAGUAUUGGGAACAGUGGUAGCUCGUCUUGGUGAAUACUAUCGUGUGGAUAUUGGAACAGCACGACCAGCCAUCUUACCUGUUUUAGCUUUCGAAGGUGCUACCAAAAGAAAUAAACCCAACUUAGCAGUGAACAGUCUUGUGUAUUGUCGUGUCAGUUUGGCUAAUCCUGAUAUGGAACCUGAAUUAGAAUGUAUUAAUCCUACUACCUCCAGGGCCGAUGGUUUUGGUGAAUUGAAAGGUGGAUUUGUCUUCAAGUGCUCAUUAGGUUUAUGUAGAAGGUUAUUGAAUCCAACUACACCCAUUCUUACUCUUUUAGGUGAUCAUUUUCCUUUUGAACUUGCAGUGGGAAUGAAUGGUCGUGUUUGGGUGAAUAGCAACAGUUGUAAGGAUACCAUCUUGAUUUCCAAUGCCAUUCAAAACUCGGAAUAUCUUAGCCAGAAGGAAUGUGAAUCCAUGGUCCAAAGUUUAUUAGAUUAGUUUUUAUUAUUAGUUAGCAUCAAAUUAGACAAAACUAUCACUUUAUCUUAUACAUUUAACAGCAUCAUCCAUUCAUUAUUAUUAUUAUUAUCAUUCCCCUGUUAUUACUUUUUUUUUUCUUCUUCUUCUUAU